AACGUCGACCAAAGAAUGUUCCUACGCCUACUGCUCGUGGCCGGCGCUGUGAUCGCCGCGCUGGUCGCGUUCUUCAUCCCUGGCUCCCCCGAGCGAGAGCCAUAUGUCCAGGGCCGCAACAAAACGGCCCUCUUCAUCUCCAACAUAGAGCAUGGCCUCAGUAAUGUUCAUGUGGCUACCGCGUCCGCGCUUCUUGAGGGCUACCCCGACAUCGAGGUACACUUCGCAUCUUUUGCGAAGCUCCGUGACAAGCUGGCUCGAGUCUCUGCAUUUGCACAGACCAAGACGCCAGACGCCAAGGACAUCAUCUUCCACGAGAUCCGUGGUCAGGCAUUCUUCGAGGCCGUUCAAUUACUAGGCCACGAUCUAGAGAGUACCAUUUCCCCUCCCGGAAUCGCCGGUAUCGAUCAGUUCACCAAAAACAUGCAGGACUGGAUCUCCCCAUGGAGCGCAGAGGAACACAUGGUCAUCUACGACGAAAUUGGCGCCAUCAUUGACGAGAUUGACCCCGCAGUGGUCGUCUUGGACACGCUUCUACGUCCUGCCCUUGAUAGCACCCGCGACAAGAACCGCCUGCACGCUAUCGUCUCACCCAACACCCUCGUUGAUAACUUCCUUGGUGACCAACCUUACGGCAGCAUGUUUUGGAAAUACCCCGCCUUGUCCUCCGGCUUUGACUUCCCGGUGCCAUGGCGCAACAUGCUAGAGAACAUCUACCUCAACUUCCGCUUCAUCUAUGCCGUCAUGUUGACACCAAACCUAUCAGCUAAGAAGGCUGAACUGAGGACCAGAGGCCUCAAGGACCCCAUCAAUUUCCUCAAGAUGCACCGCCCUGAUGUUCCGUGGAUCACGAUGAACACCGAGGGCGCGUCUAUUCCCGUCGAUGUGGUGCCUACCAACGUCACCUGCGCUGGGCCAAUUUUGCUCUCCGUUGCGCCGGCCAGCGAGCAAGAUCCAGAAUUAGCCGAAUGGGUCGGUCGGGGCCCUACAGUCUUGAUCAAUCUCGGCAGUGGUUUUGCGUACGCGAUCAACCACGUCCGCCCCAUGGUUGGAGCGGUUGUUGAUGUGCUUACCAAGACUGACGUCCAAGUCCUUUGGAAGUUCAACAAAUACGGCGAAUACUCAGACGAUGAACUAGCUCCCUUGAAACCGUUUCUCGACAGUGGACGGCUUCGACUGUCCAACUGGCUUCCUAUUGAUGUCCUGUCUUUGCUGGAGACAGGUGACAUUGUCGCCUCUGUGCAUCACGGCGGUUCCAACUGCUUUCACGAGGCUGUCAACGCUGGUGUCCCUCAUGUCAUUCUUCCUCUCUGGGUCGACCUGUACAACUUUGCCGCCCUCUCCGAAACCGCCGGCAUCGGAGUCUGGGGUUGCCGGGACACAAGCCCAAACUGGACGGCUGACGGAAUCAGCAGCGCGAUCAUCAAAGUUGUCGAUGGUGGAGAGGCAAGCAUCUCCCUCCGCGAGAAGGCCAAAACUUUGGGCGACAAGCUGAGGGCAGGCGAGAAGGGACGCGACAUAUCUGCGAGGGAGAUUGCGAAGCUUGCCUAUGUGAAGUGA